UCUGUGUUACACGUGAAGUGCGUCCAAAUGUAUAUAUACCUUUAGGAAUUUGCUGUUUAUUUGCAACACUUUGAACCAAAACGCUAAAUUUUACAGACGGCUCUUUGACUGUACGGUGGCAUGCACCACCCGUCAGAGUUAUAUUUAUCCACCGGUGGAUAAACAGGAUCCUCCUAAAAUGUCAUAGUUUCAACUACUGAGGCUUUGAGAUGCUGUCCCGUCUGAGGUCACGUCACUGCUGGCAGACGUUCAAACAAGCUGGCCUUGGGGUAAGAUGGUGCUCUGCUUCAGUGAAGCCCAAAUCCCAGCAGGGCUCAGACCAGACCUGCCUGAACCCUCUCAACAUCCAGAUGCUCUCCAGGAACCUGCAAGAGCAGAUAUUCCGGGGCCAAACUCAGGAGUACACAGAGGAGGACAUUGAACGCAGUAUAAGGCACUUGGAGCAACACAAACUAUGGGGGAAAGAGGCGGCCCUGUUACCUGAUGUGGAACUCAAAUUACCCCACAUGUAUGGCAAUGACAUUGAUGGACACUUCCGCAUUCUCGCCCAGAAGCAAAGCCUGCCUUACCUGGAGGCGGCCAGCCAACUUCAGGGAGCACAACUUCCCAGGAUGCCCAAGGAAUGGGCUUGGGAAGUGGGCUGGACACGGUAUGGAGCAGAUGGAGAGAGACGCAGGGUGGAUUUUCCAGAUGAGAACGCUAUUGUGUUUGAUGUGGAGGUCUGCAUGGCGGAAGGACAUUGUCCUACGCUGGCUGUGGCGGUUUCCCCGACUGCCUGGUAUGCAUGGUGCAGCAAGAGGUUGAUAGAGGACAGGUACACCUGGUCCAGUGACCUGACACUUGCCGAUCUCAUCCCCCUUGAGACCCCCUCAAACUCUACCAAACCGCGGGGUGACCAAUGGCAGGAGAGGCUUGUGGUCGGACACAAUGUGAGCUUUGACCGGGCACACAUUAAAGAGCAGUAUUUAUUGAAGGGAACCAAGAUGCGUUUUCUAGACACUAUGAGUCUCCACAUGGCUAUUUCAGGACUGACGGGAUUCCAGCGCUCGCUCUGGAUGUCUAGCAAGUACGGCAAGAGAAGAGGCCUACAGGAGGUCAAGGAACACAUGAAACGCCUUGGCCGGCGCUCUGAGGGUCCAGUGAUCGGCUCGUGGGAAUGGGUUAAUAUCAGUAGUAUUAAUAAUCUUGCUGAUGUUCACGCCCUGUACGUGGGAGGAGAACCACUCAAGAAAGAAGCAAGAGACGUGUUUGUGAAGGGCACCAUGUCUGACGUCAGGACCAACUUCCAGGAGCUGAUGCAGUAUUGUGCUCUUGAUGUUCUGGCCACACAUGAGGUCUUCACACAGCAGCUGCCUCUUUUUAUGGAGAGGUGUCCUCACCCAGUGACACUUGCAGGUAUGCUGGAAAUGGGCAUGUGCUACCUUCCUGUCAAUCAGAACUGGGGGCGGUACUUGGAAGAUUCACAGGACACGUAUGAGGAGCUGCAGAGAGAGAUGAAGAAAUCGUUGAUGAUUCUGGCUGAUGAUGCCUGUCAGUUAUUGCAGGAUGAUCGGUACAAAGAGGAUCCCUGGCUCUGGGAUUUGGAGUGGGACGUUCAAGAUUUCAAACAGAAGAAAAUGCCUGUAAGCAAGAAGAAAGCCAAACAGGAGGCAGAAGCAGCAGCAGCAGCAGCAAAUACAAAUGUACACAAAGACUGGGACAUGGAUCCUGGUCCUCCUUUAGAAGAGGAGGAGGAAAGUCCAGACCCCAGCAGAGAACUAGUGCAGAGACUAAAGGAGACUGUUAGCUGCCUGCCAAAGAGGAGACAACACUUACCUGCCCACCCCAGCUGGUACCGUAAACUGUGUGUGAAGAUGUCUGAGGCAGAGGACUGGUCUCCUGGAGCCAGUCUCAUCAGUCUACAAAUGAGGGUCACGCCCAAGCUGAUGGGCCUCACGUGGGACGGCUUUCCCCUGCAUUACACAGACCAGCACGGCUGGGGUUACCUGGUGCCAGGCCGCAGAGAUAACCUAGAAAUAUCAGAAGACACUGAGGGACCCGUAUGCCCCUACAGGGUGAUUGAGAGCAUCUAUAAGGAGUACUGUGAGCAAAAGGGGAAGGAACAGCCUCAGUGUCUGGACAGCCAGCCUUCUGAUCACAUCAUGUUGACUGACAGUGCAGUAUGGCAAACAGUUGAAGAAGUGAGUCGUCUGGAGGUGUAUGAUGAUGACAUACUGAGUGCAUCAGUCUCAUCCAAGAGGACCAAGCUAGUUCAAAACGGGAACAGUGACUGUCCUUAUCACCAUGGAAAUGGACCAUACAAUGAUGUCAGCAUCCCUGGGUGUUGGUUCUUCAAACUGCCUCAUAAGGAUGGAAAUGAGAACAACGUUGGUAGCCCGUUUUCCAAAGACUUCCUGACUAAAAUGGAGGAUGGUACACUUCAGGCCGGACGGGGUGGCACAAAUGCCACACGGGCACUGGAAAUCAACAAGAUGAUCUCAUUCUGGAGGAAUGCACAAAAACGCAUCAGUUCUCAAAUGGUAGUAUGGGUUCGGAAAGAAGAACUGCCACGUGCUGUUAUUAAACAUGAUGACUAUGAUGAGGAAGGACAGUAUGGAGCCAUUUUACCUCAAGUCAUCACAGCUGGGACUGUCACUCGUCGAGCUGUAGAGCCGACAUGGCUGACUGCAAGUAACGCUCGAAGAGAUCGUGUAGGCAGUGAACUGAAGGCUAUGGUGCAGGUGCCUCCUGGUUAUAACCUGGUGGGAGCAGAUGUGGACUCUCAAGAGCUGUGGAUCGCUGCUGUGCUGGGCGAAGCUCACUUUGCUGGGAUGCAUGGCUGCACAGCGUUUGGUUGGAUGACACUCCAGGGAAAGAAAAGUCAGGGCACAGACCUGCACAGUCGUACAGCAGACGCAGUGGGCAUCAGCCGCGAGCACGCCAAAGUGUUCAACUAUGGACGGAUUUAUGGAGCUGGCCAGCCAUUUGCGGAGCGACUGCUCUUGCAGUUCAACCACCGACUGAGCCAAGAGGAAGCAGCUAGUAAAGCGCGACAGAUGUACGCAUUUACCAAAGGCCUGCGCAGGUACCACCUGUCUGAGGAAGGUGAAUGGUUGGUGAAAAAGUUGAAUAUGGAGGUGGAGAGAGAUGAGGAUGGCACAAUCUCACUGCAGGAGUUACGCAAGAUCUCAAAACUGGCAGCUCAAAGUUCCUGCAGGAAAAGGAAGUGGAAUCUUACAGGUCAGCGCGUGUGGGCGGAUGGUACUGAAUCAGAGAUGUUCAACAAGCUGGAGAGUAUCGCUCACUCUGAGGAACCAGCAACUCCAGUGCUGGGCUGCAGGAUCUCCAGAGCUCUGGAACCUUCUGCCGUUAAAGAUGAGUUCAUAACCAGCAGGAUAAACUGGGUGGUGCAGAGUUCAGCGGUGGACUAUCUUCACCUAAUGCUGGUGGCCAUGCGGUGGCUAUUCGAGGAACAUGAUAUAGAUGGGCGCUUCUGUAUCAGUAUUCACGAUGAGGUGCGUUACCUGGUGCAGAGCGAGGAUCGCUACAGAGCUGCUUUGGCCCUACAGAUUGCAAACCUGCUUACGAGGUGUAUGUUUGCCUAUAAACUGGGAAUGAAGGAUCUGCCUCAGUCAGUGGCUUUCUUCAGUGCUGUAGACAUUGAUCAGUGCUUACGGAAGGAGGUGACGAUGGACUGCAUGACUCCAUCAAAUCCUACAGGAGUGGAACGGAGAUAUGGAAUACCACAAGGUGAGGCCUUGGAAAUUUACCAGAUUCUUGAGAUUACCAAAGGAUCUUUGGCCAAGGAAAAUAACAAGAUCCAAUAAUAUCUGUGAUAUAUAACAAAGGAUAACACUCUAUGGGCUCCUUGUGUGAAUUUGGAAAAGAUGAAUGAAUGGGGUGAAAGUGUACUUUUCACUGCUUCCUCCUCUUUUUCCUGGGUGCCUGAUUUUCCUCUGAAGGCUGAGAAUUUUCAGUCUCGCAUCAUUGAGGAAAACCAAGCCAACAGCUGUCUCACAGAACUGACAGUUUAAACAGCCACACCUGCUGGCUUUCA